AUGUCUAAAAGGGAAAUCAAUGGAGCUCACGCAACGUCCAACAAAGAAUUUGACUCUGGUUACCUAUUCAAUCUCAGUUCAAUUCCUUGGCCCAACCUUACAAGACCUAAUGUUUCAACGAGGGCGGAAGUAGACAAAUUAAGUCCACUUGAUAUAAAAACCAGUGUUGGCCAACAACAAACACUGGAAAUUCUCCUUGAGGAAUUCAAAAAAGCAAUGACUGAAGCAAAUUUGGACGGUCAAUGGUUUAUAGACGGUGGGACUCUUCUUGGAUCCAUUCGACACCAUGAUUUUAUUCCUUGGGAUGAUGACGUCGAUGUCAAGCUGCACAUUAAAUAUCGACCAGCAGUUCAAGCUGCCCUGAAAAAGCUUGCCCCAAAAUUCCAAACUUAUACAAUGAGUCUGCGAGAUAAAUUCUACUUUGCCCCAUUCAACUCCUCAAAAACACUUACUCCCUAUUCAACUGGCAGCCACUCUAUUGGCAAGUAUCCGUGGUCCUGGCCUUUCAUCGACGUUGCGUACUUUGAGGAGUACAAACCGAAUAUGUGCCACGAAUACCGAAUUCACAGUACAAGAUAUUUUCUGAGUGAUAUAUUCCCCUUGGCUUAUCGUCCGCUUGGCAAGGAGUGGUUUCCAGUACCGAAACGACCAGUUAAUCUCCUUAAAUCCUACUACGGUUCAAAGGAACAAGUUUGUAAAUCUCACAGUUGGUCACACGCUAGAGAGGGAUUUCAGUGGCCACUAGCCCAGAACUGUAGAACGCUCAUGGACAAAUAUCCCCUUGUGCACCGAUGUCGUGUUCCAAAAGGGGAGUUGAAAGAACAACACUCGGGAAUGUGUGAUGAAUAUCUGUUGAAUGGAAGUGGGCAAGUCAUUCACAAAAUUCGUCUACCACUUGAUGACGAUGAAUGCCAAUCCCCGUUAUAUACAGUAAGGCAUGAAUCUUUUAGAUGCCUAUGA